AACUGCCUCAAGUCCGCCGACUGCGUCUACCGCUUCAUCUCAAACGGGGCGACGCGUCAUGUCCUACGGCGAUGCGACGGGCGGGCUUCAAGAACUGGACAAUAGGGAUACAUGACCGCUGGCACGCUGCGAGGGUCGCCACGUGGGAUGAGACCAAUCUUUUGCGGACCUGGCUAUCGAUAUUCGUAACAUGCCGCGGGGAGACGAUGCAUUGGACCUGACGAGGAUGGUCGAAUAUUGCGUGCAGCAUCCGGUCGAGGGGUGGGAGUACCCGAAGGACUACGAGAAGCUACUUGGUCUGCUAGGUGGACCGCAGACGGUCACGCCAGAGCACGUGGACCGUGCUGCCUUCAAGCGCUGGGAAGGUGUCGUGCCUCUGCCGCCGCGGCCGAGGCCGGAUGCGCUGACCGUGGGCCGUAGGAAGAAUAAGAAGAGUAUGGGCAGCGCGGAAGACGAGACGCCAGCGCCGCAGCCUGGGCGCAAGCGAGGAAUGCCGAGAAAGAGAGCGCGGUUGGAAGAGGACGCCGAUUUCGCAGAAGACGACCAGGAAGUCCGCGCUGCGAGGGAAGAGAUUGAGGAGCGCAUCAACGCUGCAUCGGACUCUGCUGCCCCAACCUACAUACACGGUCUCGCGCACUGGGUUGCGCCUCCAUCUCUUACAGAAGAGCCUUCGGACGCACGCAUCAUCUGUGUCUUUGAAGAGGAAGGAUGCCUGGAAGAGACUGAUCCGUUCAGCGCAUACGCCUUCCUCGGCCCGCGCGACUCACCGCCCUACCGGCCGCUUCAUCGCAUCGAUCAUCCACUCACGAGCGACAUCAGUGGAUGGGCGGAGAACUUGAGAUGGGCUGCAGAACAGACCGCGACGUUUAGGACCGGCGGCUGGAAUGAGAGUCCGGAGCAUAUGGAGCGAAUUCAUCGCAUUCGAGUGGAGCAGAAGUGGGUGUCAAUGGAGUGGCUGGACGCGUAUCCGACUAUUGAGCAGUCAUUGACUAGGGAUUCGGAUACGGAGCCUGUUGCCUAGGAGUUUGACGUUGCCGCGGAGGAGAUGCGGCCGGGCGCAUGCUGAUGAAUGGGUACGGGAAUUGGCUGACGGAUUCUUGGUGGGCUAAUACCGCUGUAUCAAUCAUAAGUACGAUGUCACUACUCUUGUCAGCAUCUUCCUGAUGAAUGCCGAAGGCUUGGGGGUGGAAAGUGAUGAGGAG